CGGAGCGGUGGGCGCGGAAAGCGGCCGCCGGGCGCGCAGCCACCGCCGCUGGGUGCGGAGGGCAGGAGCGGCGUCUCCGCGGCUGGGGGGGCCCGGGGGGGGGGGCCGGCCGCUGCCCGGCUCCGGAGAGCACCGGCUGCCGCUCCAUCCUCCCCGCCGGCACCUGGUCAGUUUCUCCCGGGAGCCUGGUCAAUUUCUGCCGGAAUUUGGUCAGUUUCACCACCCCCCCCCCCCCCCGCCGGAGCCGCGGAGCCGCCGCCGGAGCGCGGAGGUCCUGCUGAUGAAGAGGAGGUGAGGCCCGAGCUGCAGCUACCGCUGGUGCCGUUCCCUUUGGGAUACUCGUCUUCUUCCUCCCUCCCCUCCCGGCCCCUCGGGGCCACGCGGAGCCAUCCCGAUGCCGAAGAACAGCAAGGUGACGCAGCGGGAGCACAGCAGCGAGCAUGUCACCGAGUCGGUGGCCGACCUGCUGGCCCACGAGGAGCCCGUGGACUACAAGCGCAGCGUCCUCAACGUGACGGGCGAGACCUGGGACAAGCAGAAGGACGCGGAGGACGAGCUGGAGGCGGAGAACCGGCCGGCGUGGAACAGCAAGCUGCAGUACAUCCUCGCGCAGAUCGGCUACUCCGUGGGGCUGGGCAACGUCUGGCGAUUCCCCUACCUGUGCCAGAAGAACGGAGGAGGCGCCUACCUGGUCCCGUACCUGGUCCUGCUCAUCAUCAUCGGCCUCCCGCUGUUCUUCCUGGAGCUGGCAGUGGGGCAGCGGAUCCGCCGGGGCAGCAUCGGCGUCUGGAAUUACAUCUGCCCCCGCCUGGGGGGCAUCGGCUAUGCCAGCUGUCUCGUGUGUUUUUUUGUCGGUCUCUAUUACAACGUCAUCAUCGGCUGGAGCAUCUUCUACUUCUUUAAGUCCUUCCAGUACCCUCUUCCCUGGAGCGAGUGCCCCCUCGUGAAAAACGGCACGGUGGCGGUUGUGGAGACCGAAUGCGAGAGGAGCUCGGCCACCACCUAUUUCUGGUACCGGGAGACCCUGGACAUCUCCGACUCCAUCUCGGAGAGCGGCGGCCUCAACUGGAAGAUGACUCUGUGCCUGCUGGUGGCCUGGAGCCUUGUCGGCUUGGCUAUGAUCAAAGGCAUCCAGUCCUCGGGGAAGGUCAUGUAUUUCAGCUCGCUCUUCCCCUACGUGGUGCUGGUUUGCUUCCUGGUCCGAGGCCUUCUGCUGCGAGGGGCGGUGGAUGGGAUCAUGCACAUGUUCACGCCUAAGCUGGACAAAAUGCUUGACCCCCAGGUGUGGCGGGAGGCAGCUACGCAGGUUUUCUUUGCCUUGGGCCUCGGUUUUGGGGGGGUCAUCGCCUUCUCCAGUUACAACAAGCAAGAUAACAACUGCCACUUUGACGCAACGCUGGUCUCCUUCAUCAACUUCUUCACGUCCGUCCUGGCCACCCUGGUCGUGUUUGCUGUGCUGGGCUUCAAGGCCAACAUCAUGAAUGAGAAAUGCGUGGUGGAGAAUGCUGAGAAGAUCUUGGGGUACCUGAACACCAACGUGCUGAGCCACGACCUCAUCCCACCCCAUGUGAACUUCUCCCACCUCACGGCCAAGGACUACAAUGAGAUGUACAGGGUGAUCAUGACGGUGAAGGAGGGGCACUUCAAAGAACUGGGCUUGGAUGCCUGCCUGUUGGAGGAUGAACUCAACAAGUCGGUGCAAGGAACUGGCUUGGCCUUCAUUGCCUUCACAGAAGCCAUGACUCAUUUCCCGGCUUCGCCAUUUUGGUCCGUCAUGUUCUUCCUGAUGCUGAUAAACCUGGGGCUGGGGAGCAUGAUUGGGACCAUGUCCGGCAUCACUACGCCCAUCAUCGACACCUUCAAGGUGCGGAAGGAAGUGUUCACAGUUGGCUGCUGCAUCUUCGCCUUCUUGGUGGGCCUGAUCUUUGUGCAACGCUCUGGGAAUUACUUUGUCACCAUGUUCGAUGAUUACUCGGCCACGCUGCCACUCACUGUUGUGGUGAUCCUGGAGAACAUCGCUGUGGCCUGGAUUUACGGCACCAAGAAGUUCAUGCAGGAGCUGACAGAAAUGCUGGGUUUCCGGCCAUAUCAGUUCUACUACUACGCCUGGAAGUACGUCUCUCCCAUCUGCAUGGCUGUGCUCAUGACCGCCAGCAUCAUCCAGCUGGGGGUCAGCCCCCCAGGGUACAGCGCGUGGAUCAGAGAGGAGGCUGCAGAAAAGUUCCUUUUUUACCCAACCUGGGCCAUGGCUAUUCUCAUCUCCCUGAUCAUCCUGGCAUCUCUACCUCUGCCUCUGGUCUUCAUCCUCCGUCAGUUCCACCUCGUGUCAGAUGGCUCCAACGCCCUCUCUGUCACCUACAAGAAGGGCCGGAUGAUGAAGGACAUCUCUAAUUUGGAAGACAACGAUGAGACCCGCUUCAUCUUGAGCAAAGUGCCCAGUGAGACCCCGUCCCCCAUGCCCACGCACCGUUCCUACCUGGGUCCUGGCAGCAACUCCCCCAUGGAAAUGAGCAAUGCCCCGAACGGACGCUAUGGGAGCGGGUAUUUACUGGCCAGCACCCCUGAAUCUGAACUGUGAUGGUUGCCUGCCUACCACCCCCACCGGGAGAGAAGGUCACUGGGGAGUGGAUCCUAGCUGUCCAGGCAACAGGAAAAUUAAUUAAUUAAGAAAAAUGACAAAGAAGAAACCCCUCUUAGAAUCGUAAUCAAAAGCAGCCAUUUCCAAGACGACAACGGGAAAAAGGGAUUGCAGGAGGGGCAGGACUCUCCUCCAACAACCUUCGGCUGAAAGGCAGGACCCCUCAUAGCUUGCCUGUGGGGAAGGGAGGAGGAACAAGAGGUGCUGCAAUAUCUUUCUGAGGGUUGUUCUCGUGCAGCUUGAAGCUGAAGCAAAGAAUCUCACUUUCUGAGCAGCUGAUGGUUGGAAAAAGGACCCAGAGCAAGGUGGAAAGCCAACCACGCUUCCUCCUGUAACCCAGAGCUCUUCCCUCUCUGUUUUCCUUUAGCUGGGAGAAGUCAUGGCCUUAUUCCAACGAGCACAAUUAACCAUUGAUGUUCAUAGCACAAAAGGGUGCUGUUGUUGUCACCAUCGUUGUUGUAUUUCCUGUAGUUUUUAUAGCUGUGGACACACCCAAAUAACCCCAAAUUUUGACCAGGGUUGGCAGGGAGCAGUGCUGGGUUGGCUGAGCUGUUGCAACGUGUGGGAUUGCUGAUGGUAGAUCCUUGGUGUCUGUUUUGUUACCACCAGCACGGAGACAGUGUCUGUGAGCCGUUCGGAGACACGGGGAUCGCCCCCUCCGCGUGAAGAUGUGGCUAGCACACUCCUUGGUUAGGCAGCGUUAUCGUGCUGAGUGGCCGAGGGACCUCUGAAGGGAGGGUGAUUUUGGGUACGUGAGCGCGUGCAGGAUCUAGCCAGGGUUACCGUGAUGUGGGUCAGGAGCAAUCUCCUGGAAUUACUCCUGACACGUGGGAUGCUCUGUUGAAUCCAAAUCCCUGGCGUGGUGAAUCGUCCCCUCUUGCCGCUCUCCUUGGAUGUCCUGGAGGGACAAGCAGAGAGGCGGUGGGGCGUACAGUCCUACCACAGUCCUGGUUUAGCUCUCAGGAAACCAUCCCCUGACUUACCUCCUUUGCAGCCGCCGGCUGAGGUGAGCUGGGCAGUGAUUCUCUCUGGACAGGCGUCUUCAUUUCGCACAGCUUCAAGCCAGGGUCUGCGUUGCCUCCUGUGGCACCUCUGUUAGGGACCCACCAGGCAUCUGCUGGGAGCAUCCAGCUCUUGCGGGCAGCAGAGGGAGGACAUGUCUUCUGAGCACCAAUUAUUUUGGGCUCGGUGCCAGGUCCUAAUGUCCUUGCUAGCGCUUGACCCUGGCUGGUGACCCCACGUUGCGUAGCUGGGCUCUGUCCUGCCCAUCCAUGUUAUUUGGGGACCAGACUGCUGAGACAUUGCAUUGCUUCUCCCCAGGCUAUCUAGAAAGGGUCGGGCUCUCCCAGGUCAGAGAGCAUGUCUCCUGCUGGGACUGAGGGUCAGUUCCCCAAAUCCUACACCUAGCCGAGCAUUUCUGUCAAGGGUACCAGUAUUACAUGUCCUUUUUCUUCUUUCCCCAUGGGGACAGAGGAGCAGUUGCCUGCUUGAGCCCUCUCUCCUUCUAAGCACAUUGCUAAGGUCUCAAAUGCCGAGGGUGCUCCUUAACCUCGGUCCUACUGUGCUUAGAGCACACGUGAUGGUAUUUCAAGCCACUUUGAAGGCCAAGUUCAUAGGUGCUUGCCCACGACCCCUCCUCUCCUCCUUUGCUUUUCUAUCAGUGGAUUUUCUCCUUUCUUAAUUCUCCUUUUGGCUGGGAGGCAAAGGCAGAAAGUACCUGGUCUGCUCACCACAUCCUUGACUUCUCUUAGCAUCCCUGAGGCAGGAGGUCCCUCACAACGACGUUUCUCUUGCAGGUUGUGAUCCUUUAUUUAUAGUCUUUCUCCUUUCUAUCAGAGGCUCUUCUGAGGGCCUGGAGCUCUUCACAGACAGUUAACCUGAGCCUUUCAUUAGCCAUUUUACUGGGGAGAGGGGGAAAACAGAGGUUUGGACUGAAUUGAGGCAGCUGAGGCUUUCCUGAUGGCUCAGAGGAGCAUCAGCCCUGUGCGGUCAGGACCAGGCAAGCUCUCUUUUCUCUCCUCCAGCUGGUCUCUCCUUCACCAUCCCCUCUGCCACCAGUUCAGUUUUUCCCUCCUUCCCCUGCCCCUACAGAGGGAUAUAAAAAUUGUCCCACUGGAUCAUCUCAAAAUGGGAGAAGCACAAAGACCAUGCGAUUUCCUGUCGCUAGGCAAAGACGUUCCCUCCAAUCUCUCUUAUUUCUCCCUCUGUCUCUCUGCCUUUCCUCCACCUGGCCAGCAAAACAGACAACGAGCCAAAUUGUUGCACCUCCAUCACCUUCCCGAUCUCCCUGCGGCUGUAAGUCAGACCAGCACCCCUGAGCCCAGGGGCCCGAUUCCCACCGUAGCUCCCAUGGAGUUAACGGAGCAGGACACCUCCGGGAGUCGGAUCGUGCGACCCACUCCGGUGGCGUGACUCCCCUUGAACCCGGGGGGGAAGGACCUGGCGCUCCAUCUCUCCUAGUACAAUUCCCAAACCAGCCAGGGAGGCAUUUGCUUUCCUUCCCUCUUCUUGCAGUGUCAAUAAGAGGCAAAGUCAAUAAGAAGGUAACAAAAAGCUAUAUUAUAUAUAUAUAUUAAAAGUAUUUACAAAGAGAGGAGAUGGAAUAAUAUCUUAAAGAUUCUCUAUUUCUAUUGUAUAUUUAUUCUGUAAAUGUCACUGUAAAUGCUGUUAAAUGACAAAGCGUAUUCCAAAGUGGCCCGUGACUUAACUUUCAUUCUCAGUGCUGUACAGGUCAAUUUUCACUGUGUAUAUCAGACGCGUUUCUACCGUUUUAUUUCUCGUGUGUGGUGGGCGGCCGUCUCCCGCCCCGGCUCCAGGGGGUCCAGCCCUCUGGGGCAGCCAGGGGUGGGGGACGCCUUUCUUUUUAUCCGUGGAAGUACUGUAUUUCUUCGUGGCAUUUGCUCGGUGUUAGACGCAAGGGUCCGGGGGGGUAAGUUUUAGGUGAUAGCGUGUCGUCGCCGUGUGAGCGUGCGCGUGUUCGUCCGUAGAGGCCGUGUGCGGGGAGGGUAUGUGCGCGUGUCCGUGUGCGCGUUUGUGUGUGGUUAGGAUUCGCUUUUCACCGUGCUCGGUCGCUUUUGGAGCCUGCGUUGGGGGUUUCUGCCGCUCGCUGGGGCAGGCCCUUUUCGGAUGCACCUUCCCGCGGUCCCCGUGGCUGCCGUCUCCCCGGUGGGGCCGCGGACCAGGCCGACCCACGGCAGCUUUGAGCCCUGGCGAUUUUAUUUGUUUUAUUUUUAAUUUUUCCCGCGGAGGCACAGGGAACAGCUGCUAGUUAUGAGCACAGGCACUUUUCAGUUUUCCUCCUGGGUGUCGGAGAAGGACAUGGGAAUCGCUGCCGAUAUUCCUGCCCUCUCCUCUCGGCUUAGGUUCCCAGCCCGGAUCCUGCUGCCUGGCGGGAGACAGCAUCCCCGGCUCGGGGCGAGGAGCAGCUGCCUAGAGCAGGAGGGGUUGAAAGUCGCUGACGCUGGAGAGGAGCUUUACAGGCUUCGGUGGUGCUGGUCCAAGGGGCAGGUGCCAUCCACGUCCGGGGCUGGAGCCGAUUUACAGCACCUCCCAGCAUCCCUCCGUCCCUCCAGGACAGCCCCUGCCUCUCCUCCUGCCCUGGGUCUCGCUGGCAGGAGCGGGGACCGGGCAGCAGAGCGGGGUGGCCUUGGUGGCCAGGGUGGCCCUCGGGGGGGGGGACAUCCCGGGCAGAGCGACGGCAGCGAGCGGGAUGCGGCCACGUGCCCCGUCGGCAAGCACAGCGCUGGCGAAACCCUCCUGUACAGGUCCAAAGCACAGAUCUCGUAGUAACUCGUCCCAUGUAUCCUCGUAGCCCGUGUAUUUACCAAGCGGGCCGUGCCGGCCGGACUCCUCCUCGGGAGAAACCCUGUAACAGCUGUAACAGAGUCCGAUUAAAAGUCUCUUCUUACCGA